GGCUACCUUCCAGGCAGCGACAGGGCAACCACCACGCAGGAGAGCAGCACGCUGGCAGGCGUGCAGGCGGCCUGCGACGUGCUGCAGCCGGGAGGGCUGUGCUCCAUCCUCUGCUACACCGGGCAUCCAGGCGGCAUGGAGGAGUACCAGGCCGUCAAGGCGCUGGUGGCAGCGCUGCCUCCCUCGCGCUGGAACAGCUCCGAGGUGCGGCUGCUCAACCGCCCCGACGCACCCGCGCUGCUGCUCCUGUGGAAGCGGCUGUGA